AUGUACCGCCUGGCCCGGCUGUGUCCCCGCCUGGGUCCCCACAGCCCACCGGGCCCCGCCGGGCCCCGGGCCCUCCGCCCCGCCUGGGCCGCGCUCCGGCCGGGGCCGAUCCCGAUCCCCAUCCCGAUCCCCCGGGGAUUCGCCGCGGGCAGCUCCGCUAAGGAUGCACGCGAACCCCCCAAAUACACAGCCACUGAUCCCAGUGGUGAGAACAAGAAACUCAACAAAUCUCAGCAGCUGAAACAAGUUUUUAAAGAAUAUGGUGCUGUAGGAGUUUCAUUCCAUGUUGGAAUUUCAUUAGUAUCUCUAGGAAUCUUCUACCUGGCUGUGUCAAGUGGUGUGGAUAUGACUGCAGUUCUCCUCAAGCUUGGUUUCAGUGAAUCCUCCCUGCAGUCCAGGAUGGCUGCAGGCACCAGCACCUUUGUCCUGGCCUAUGCUGUGCACAAGUUGUUUGCUCCGGUCAGGAUCAGCAUCACGGUGGUUUCUGUGCCCUUUGUUGUCCGGUACUGCCGUAAAAUCGGGUUCUUCAAACCUCCUGCCUCCAGCCCGUGAUGAUUUGUCACUGGAUUUUGUUUUUUAAAUGCUCCCUAUCCACAAAGUUUCUUUAAAAGACUUCCUUGGAUUCUGUGUUCAUGCUGACCUCACCUUGCAUUUCUGACUUGUUCUUUCAGGUAAAUGUCACUGUGAAAAUGCUGUCCUUAUCUUCUUUCCCUUUUGCCACCUCUCCUUUGGAAAAACCUGUUAAAGUGGUGUCUGGUUUCCACUGCAAGGGGCAGUAUAAAUGCUUUACAACGAGCAGUCUCUUAACACACAGGCUUUAUAAUCUUGCUUUUUGGGCCUUAAUUUUUUUUUCCCUGUCAAAACUGAGUCGCAGCAUUAGUUCAUUAUUGUGUAGCUGAGAAACAGUAAGAUUCUCUUUCCAGUAGAAUAAUAUCCUACUACACAGUCCUUUUGUUAAGGGUUUAUAUUGGAAUCUAAAGUGGCAAGUGGGCGUUUCUUUUGUUAGAAAAGGAUUUUAUUAUGGCAUAACUUGCAGUACAACACAUAACACUGAACUAACUUUAGUGGAAGUACACCUAUGAUUAAUUAUUGCA